AUGGAUCAUUCGCUUGCUGAGCCAGGGAACGAACAAGUAGGAAAAAACGGUGCUCUGGCUGGAGUUGGCGGCGUUUCUGGGAAACUGAUCCAGGCCGCUGCAGGAGACGAUGUAAAGUUUCCCCUCACAGAGGAGUGCAUGAAAGGAAGAGGCACGCUGAAACGUCGCCUGCAGGACGACAGCCUUCAAUCAGUCGGGGAUCUCGACGGCAGCUGGAAGCCGGCUCCAGGUUAUAUUAACAGGUUUUUCCAAAGCAGCGACUCUGUGAUACUGACAAGUGCAGACAUCAGUGAUGAAGGCUAUUACGAGUUUGACUGCAACAACCAGAGAGAAGAGAGUGCACAGCUGCAGGUGUUCAUACCUUCUGAUGUUUUUGUACAUGAGGGCGAGGAUGCCAUCCUCCCGUGUCGCUCCAUCACAGCAGGUCAGUGGGUGAAGUCUGUGCGCUGGAGGAGAGAUGGAGAGGUGGUCCUGGAGCUGGAUGUCCGGUCGGGGAAAACCACAUAUGGGAACGGCUUUGAUGAAAGCCGGGUCUCAAUACCAUCAGACUGGGACCAACGAGCAAACCUGUCCCUCAUCAUAAAGCGAGCCGAGGCGAGAGACGGAGGAGUUUAUUACUGUGACCUCGACAAAGUGGAGAAACACCGCUCCGCUGUCCGCCUGCACGUCUCCACACCACCAACACCACCGAGCAGCACAUCGCAGCCUACAACCACAGAGAGGCCAUCAGAGUGCUCUGACUGGUCGUGGAGAACAUUCUCCAUAACGGUAUUUCCGUUUGUGAUCGUUGGCCUGCUUGUUUGGCUCUGCUGGUUUCUGAGGAACAGGAAAUUCAAAGUGUGCACUCCAGGUUUUGGUGGAGGAUCCUCAGAGCAGGAAGAAGAAAUAAACUUGAAAAGUGUUACCAUCAGCAACGGUGAUGGAUCUCUGCAGCGGCACAGAGGAGGAGGAGGAGGGUCUGAAGAGGGCAGAGAAUCAGACUGUGACCAACAACACAUGCUGAAGUCAAACGGGAACCCUGACUUUAUAAAUGAUGAGCCGAAAAAGAAAAAGAACUCAACCCUUAAAGUGUAGAAGAAGAGAUGAACGUCCAGUCGCUUUUUUCCAAGCUCCUCAGACCACUUUACAAAAUUCUUACUUCUUCAGAACAGAUUUAUUGCAGUUUUGUUUAUUCUACUUCUUUAUUUACUCACCUUUUAUAUUAAAAUUAUUCAUUUACAGCGAGAACUUGUCCUGUUUGUUUGUUUAUAGAGAUUUACAGUCUUCACUCUGUUUACUUUGCUCUUUAUAAAAAGCUCAGGUUAGCUGCUGUGUGCCAAUAAAGUUGAGAUAAAAACAAACUGACACUCUAACCUGAUGAAGAUUACAGUCAUUCAGAGAUUUUAUUCAUUUAUUGCACAUAAUGAGACUUUUUUAAACAACUGCUGCAGGUAUUUGUGUAAAAUAAAGACAACAAGGAAAAGUUCAUACCAAAAACAUUUGAAUUAAUAACAAGUGGGGAGAAAACAAUGAAAAUCAAAGAUACAAAACAUCAGCAAUAUACAGCUUGUAACAGAGCAAACAGGGUUUUUGUUCCUCACAAGAAUCUUCAUUUAUUUUACUGCCUCCACCCUGAGAAAGGCAGGACCUCACUGACGUAGUAGGCGAUGCCCAGGGAGAGGAGGGUGGUGACCA